GUUUUAUUUUAUUGUCAUCCUAGAAUAUACCGGCUUACGAAAUGGCAUACCUUCACUAUGGUCUAUUUCCAAAUAGUUUCUAUGGCUCUUUCGAUUCUUCUCCUCCAAUUCUCCUCUUCCGAUUUUGGCUUGAGAUCACGAUGAUUCAUGUCACAAAUAUUUUCUCGAAGCCCUUUUGAGUCGUCAUCGUUCAUCACAAUGUGGAGAAUCGUCUCCUCUAAUCUCGAAGCCCUAGCCGCCGAUGUCUUCACUGCUUCGCCUCGUCAAACUAUAGUCGCCACGGCGAGACCCGUUGGCUUCUCUCUCCGCGGAUCAAUCAGCCAUUUCCGCUUCUUCCUUCGUUAUCGCUUGCAAUUUCUAGCUCGGAAUCAGUAUUGGUCUCGUGAAAAUUUGAUUGUUCUGUGUUUCCUGCAUCUAGCUUGUUUAAGCGAGAUAAGGGUUUUUCUGGAAUUCUCGGACUUUCUAGAUAGGCUUGCGUUUGAUCCAAAUUGGGAUAAUUGGUUUGAAACCGUGCCAUUCCGAUCAAAGUUUAACACUUGGACUCAAGAAACUAACACAACCGUCUCAGAGGAUGGUAGAGACAGAGUUGCUGCACUUUUGCAACGACGAGGAGUAAACGUGAGAGGCCUGAUGAAAGCUGCAGUAUUCUUAUCCCGGAGAAUAAAAAGAAGAAGUUCUUAUAGGAACGUGGUUUGGCAAGCGAAGCGUGGAGGUAAGCUUUCAAACAAGGAUGUGGUUGAUUAUGGGAGGGAUUAUUCUCGCGAAGCUUUCUGUAUAUCCGGUGAGAAGCCACACACUGUGCCUUGUAAGGUUACCAGAAAGUGUGGAUCUGUCACAGUGAGGAUGGUUCCGGCUCCAAGAGGUGCUGGUAUUGUGGCUGCUAGGGUUCCUAAGAAGGUUCUUCAGUUCGCUGGUAUUGAUGAUGUCUUCACUUCCUCCAGAGGAUCCUCCAAACCCCUCGGAAACUUUGUUAAGACUACGUUUGAUUGCCUUCAGAAGACAUAUGGGUUCCUAACACCAGAGUUCUAGAAAGAGACGAAGUUCCAGAAAUCGCCAUACCAUGAGUUCACCAAUUUCUUGGCUAAUAAGGAAGUUGCUGCACCCAAGCCUAUCACCAAGGGUGAAGACCAAGCUUGAGAUUAUACAAAAUCUACAUAAAAGCUUGGUUUUGGUUGUUGCAAAUAUUAUUACUCUUUCUCGUUUGUUUCUCGGUUGUCUGUCAAAUUUUGAUAAUGGAGGUUUAAUUUACAAGGAUAAUGGUUCUUUGUUAUGUUUUUAGGAUUUUUUGGUUAGGUGUUUGUUGCAAAUUUCCUUGAAAUGGGCAGUUUUCAAUAGUUCAGUCCUAAUUCUCGGUUCUGGUAUACAUUCAAUUUAAGUAGAGCCUCCUAAUUCAAC